CUCUCUCGUUCGUUUCAUACGCUAUUAAAUAGAACUGUAUGUCAUUAGUCAUUGCAUUGGAUCUUUUCGAUAGAAAUGCAAUAUUUUGUUCAUGUCGUGUCACCAACAGUAUUUCGGUGAACGUAUAAACGAUAUUUACAAGCGUCGAACGUAACGUAAAUAGGAUUUAUAAAAUCACGAAAACGUCCUCUCGAACUUAAUCAGGAUGGCAAACACAGGAGUAUUACCCUUUGUACGAGGAGUUGAUUUUAGCAGCAACGAUUUUAGUGGUGGCAAAUUUCCAGAAUCUGUACGGUUAAUGACUGGUAUACAAUGGCUGAAAUUGGAUGAAACCAACUUGACUGAGAUUCCAGAAGAAAUGGGCAAAUUGUUGAAGCUGGAGCACCUUUCAUUAGUUAAGAACAGAUUGGAACGCUUGUAUGGAGAAUUGACGGAACUCUGUUGCCUCCGUACAUUGAACAUAAGACGUAAUAAUAUUAAAUCAAGUGGCAUUCCAGCAGAAUUAUUUCAUCUGGAAGAAUUAACCACAUUGGAUUUGAGUCAUAAUAAUCUAAAGGAAGUACCAGAAGGACUGGAAAGAGCUCGAUCUUUGUUAAAUCUAAAUUUAAGUCACAAUCACAUUGAAACAAUCCCUAAUACAUUGUUCAUUCACCUAACUGAUCUGCUAUUUUUGGAUCUUAGCAAUAAUAAGUUGGAAACACUACCACCACAAACUCGUCGCUUAGCAAAUUUACAAACUUUAAACCUGAAUCAUAAUCCAUUAGGACACUUUCAACUAAGACAAUUGCCAUCCUUGAUGAAUUUAAUGGCCCUACAGAUGUGCGACACGCAGAGAACAUUAAACAAUAUUCCAUCAAGUUUGGAGACCUUGACGAAUCUGCAAGAACUUGAUUUAUCUCAAAACAAUUUACCCCGGGUACCAGAUGCACUUUAUUCUCUGUUAAAUUUACGUCGCCUGAAUUUAAGUGAUAAUCAAAUAACAGAAUUGUCAACAGCAAUCGAACUUUGGACAAAAUUGGAAACAUUAAAUAUAUGUCGUAAUAAAUUGUCCGCGAUACCUGCCUCUCUGUGUAAAAUCGUUACUCUCAGGAGAUUAUAUUUGAACGACAAUCAGUUAGAUUUCGAAGGUAUUCCCUCAGGCAUUGGCAAACUAUCUUCGUUGCAAGUAUUUUCAGCAGCUAAUAAUCGUUUAGAAAUGAUACCCGAAGGUUUAUGCAGGUGUGGAUCGUUAAAGAAAUUAAUAUUAUCAUCUAAUCGGUUGAUUACCGUACCAGAUGCUAUUCAUCUUCUUACCGAUUUAGAACAACUUGAUCUGAGAGAUAAUCCGAAUUUAGUAAUGCCGCCAAAACCAAUGGAAGUUCAAAAAGGUUCUGGCAUCGAGUUUUAUAACAUCGAUUUUUCCCUACAACAUCAAUUGCGACUUGCUGGCGCUAAUGUACCUACGCCUAUUCAGACUGCUGGUAGCAAGGAUCCAAUAGCUCGCAAAAUGAGACUGAGAAGAAGACGAGACCAAGAGGAAGCUGAUCAAGAUCAGGCCAAGAUAUUGAAGGGUAUGAAAGAUAUAGCAAAGGAGAAAAAUAAAGACAAAGAAUGCGAAGAAUCAAAAGCAGAAUCGUUGAAACCCAAACGAUGGGAUGAAACUUUGGAAAAACCACCACUGGAUUAUUCCGAAUUUUUCGACGAAGAUGCUGGUCAGGUUCCUGGCUUAUCUGUUUGGGAAAUAGAGAAUUUUUUGCCCAAUGAAAUAGAAGAAGUGGCACAUGGAAAGUUCUACGAAGGCGAUUGCUACAUUGUUUUAAAGACUGAAAUAGAUGAAGCUGGAUCUUUAGUUUGGGCAAUUUAUUUUUGGAUAGGGGAGAAAGCUACGUUGGAUAAAAGAGCUUGUGCUGCAAUUCACGCAGUAAAUCUACGUAAUUAUUUGGGCGCGCAAUGUCGUACAAUCAGAGAAGAACAAGGCGAAGAAUCGGAUGAAUUUCUAAUGUUGUUCGAGUCUGGCAUUACAUACAUCGAAGGUGGUCGUACCUCGUCCGGUUUCUAUACAGUCGAAGAUACGCCAUCGAUAACACGAUUGUAUAGGGUUCAUGCUGCCGGUGCUUCCAUCCAUUUAGAACCGGUCCCUGUUCAUUGUGAUUCCUUGGAUCCGGGUUUCGUAUUCGUCUUAGAUACUGGCAACAAGAUCUUCAUAUGGUACGGUAAAAAAGCGAAGAGUACACUGAAGUCAAAGGCGAGAUUAAUGGCUGAGAAGAUCAAUAAAAAUGAAAGAAAGAAUAAAGCAGAGAUCAUGACAGAAAUUAUGAAUACAGAGUCGGAUGAUUUUUUAUCAUGUUUAAACGUUAAAGAUAUUUCACACCUGCCACCGAUUGCCGAACAUGUGGAUGCAAAUUUUGUACCACUUGCGCCACGUCUGUAUCAAGUACAACUUGGUAUGGGAUAUUUAGAGUUGCCACAAGUCGAAGUACCUCAUGGGAAACUAACCAAUACGCUUUUAAACAAUCGCAAUGUUUAUAUAUUGGAUUGUCAUGUAGAUGUUUACGUUUGGUUUGGCAAAAAAUCUACAAGAUUAGUACGAGCAGCGGCUGUUAAACUCUCUCAAGAAUUAUUUAACAUGAUAGAACGACCAGAAUACGCAAUGGUAACCAGGUUACAAGAAGGAACUGAGUCGCAGAUCUUCAAAUGCAAAUUUUCUGGAUGGGAUGAAGUUAUAGCAGUUGACUUUACUAGAACUGCCGAAUCAGUCGCGAAAACUGGGGCAGACCUUACUAAAUGGGCGAAGCAACAAGAAACGAAGGCGGAUUUAGCCGCACUCUUCAUGCCUAGACAACCGCCUAUGUCAUUUACGGAAGCUCAACAACUAAUGUCGGAAUGGAACGAUGAUUUAGAGGGAAUGGAAGCGUUGGUUUUAGAAGGAAAAAAGUUUGUACGAUUACCGGAAGAAGAAUUAGGUCAUUUUUAUAGUGGUGAUUGUUACGUAUUUUUAUGUCGUUACUGGAUGCCAUUAGAUACAACAGAAAAUGAAGAUGGCGAUGAGCAAUUCGAAGAGGAUUAUCAGUGUACCGUAUAUUUCUGGCAAGGCCGAGAUGCGGGAAAUAUGGGAUGGCUGACAUUUACAUUUAGUUUACAGAAAAAGUUUAAAUCUUUAUUUGGUGAGAAUUUGGAAGUAGUUAGAACUCAUCAACAACAAGAAAAUUUGAAGUUCUUGGCAUAUUUCAAACGAAAAUUUAUUGUUCAUCAUGGCAAGCGUAAACAGCCUAAAGCUUCUGGUAGUAACAAGGUUGAAUUCUAUCACUUAAGGAGUAAUGGAAGUGCAUUGUGUACCAGGCUGAUACAAAUACCGGCUGAUUCUACGUUAUUGAACUCUUCAUUUUGCUACAUUUUAAAUGUACCGUUCAAUAACGACGAUGAAACGGGAAUAGUAUACGCCUGGAUUGGUUCUAAAGCAGACAUCGAGGAAGCUCGUUUGAUUCAAGAAAUCGCCGAAGAAAUGUUUAACAACCCAUGGAUAAGUUUACAAGUUUUAAACGAAGGUGAAGAACCAGAUAACUUUUUUUGGGUAGCUCUUGGUGGAAGAAAGCCAUAUGAUAUCGAUGCAGAAUACAUGAAUUAUACGAGACUGUUCAGAUGCUCGAAUGAAAAGGGAUAUUUCACGAUCAGCGAGAAAUGCACCGAUUUUUGUCAAGAUGAUUUAGCGGAUGACGAUAUCAUGAUACUUGAUAAUGGCGAACAAGUAUUUUUAUGGUUAGGCAGUCGAUGUUCAGAGGUAGAAAUUAAAUUGGCAUAUAAAUCUGCUCAGGUAUACAUCCAACAUUUACGAGUAAAACAGCCAGAUAGGCCACGUAAAUUGUAUUUAACAGCGAAAGGAAAAGAAUCUCGAAGAUUCACCAAGUGUUUCCAUGGCUGGAGUUCACACAAAAGACCACCUCAAUAAAAUAUUCAAUAAUAUGUUCCUGUUCUUAUUAUCCCAAUAACUUUUAUCAACGAACCAAAUUUCGAAACGAAAUUAACGAAUAUCAAUGAAGUACUGAUGAUGCAAAUUUAUUAAGUUGUUAUAAACACAAAAAGUAACUUUCUAAUGUCAAGGAAUAUUGUAAUUUUUGAAACCAUUAAAUAUACCCAGAGCUUGU